AUGACGAGCAUGCCGGCCGCGGUGACCGCCGUCAUGGACAGCUCGUCCAUACAGCGCAUUACGCUGAUGCUAGGCUCCAGCCUGAUGUGGACCAUGCUGGCAGUGCUCGGCCGGCGCAGGCACUCGCUGGAGCACACGGCGCGCCUUCUGUUCUACGUAAGCUUCGGCGCUUUCGUGGGCGUCCUCAGCUGCACGUUGCGCAUGACGCGCCCUCAGGGAUCCUUCGCCGUCAACGCUUCCGUCGUCCUGCGUGGCUUCACCAUGGCCUUCGCGUUCGCAGCCAGGUUCAUGUCCCUGAUACAUCUGCGCAUCGUGGACUCGGCAGCGCUGACGAGUAUGGCGCCCGUUCUAGCAGAUUUACCAUCCAUGGCGAGGUCGACGACCCGUAAACCCGCAUGGUUGGUCUUCUCGUUGGCUGAGCAUUGUCUGCAGGCGACAGUUGCGAAGAUUAUAUAUAAGGGCAACACAGGCUCUUGCUGCUGGGAGUUUGGUGUUCGCACCUAA